UUAACAUAUAUAAAUUGGUAUAUAUUCUCCGCUGGGUAUAGUUUUAAAAAUAUAUAAUGCUGCUAAAGAUAACUGAAAUUCAAAGUAAGACUUUGUUUACGUCCGCCAAAAACGCAUUUCCAUAUGUAUGAAUUGAACCAGACCCACUUAACAUCUCGGCCAGCAAUUCCAUUCACAAAUAAAUUCAUUCACAGCACUCAGGAUCAUCGUGAUGAUCCCCCAAUAGAGUUUCCGCUUACACGGAGCUUUAACCCAGUUGAGCUGGCACUUUUUGCGUCAGUUGGACAUUUGGUUUGGUGGCGUGAGCAUGGAACUCGUAUUGCUAAUCCUCCUGGUAUCCCUAAUUGGGAUAGCGUAUGCGGCCCUGCAGCAGCAUUACUCCUAUUGGCGGCGGAAGGGAGUACGUGAAAUCAAGCCCAAAUGGAUAGUGGGGAACCUAAUGGGACUGCUCAACAUGCAGAAUAGUCCCGCGGAGUUUAUAUCCCAAUUGUACAACCAUCCCGACGCGGAGAACGAGCCCUUCGUGGGCAUCCACGUGUUCCACAAACCGGCGCUUCUCUUAAGAGACCCUGAAAUGGUGAGAAAUAUCCUAGCCAAAGAUUUCACUGGGUUCUCCAACCGGUACUCGAACUCUGACCACAAGGCAGAUCCUUUGGGAUCCCAGAAUAUUUUCUUUCUGAAGAACCCCGCCUGGAAGGAGGUGCGUUAUAAGCUAUCGCCCUUCUUCACCGGCCAUCGAUUGAAGCAGAUGUUUCCCUUGAUCGAAGAGGUGGGUGCCAGCUUGGAUGCCCAUCUGCGCCAGCAGCCGCUGCAUAACGAGCGGAUGCGCUGCUUCGACGUGGAGGCCAAGGAGCUGUGUGCUCUCUACACCACCGAUGUGAUAGCCACGGUGGCGUACGGAGUGAGUGCCAACAGUUUCACGGAUCCGAAGGGCGAGUUCCGCCGGCAUGGACGAUCUGUGUUCGAGUUCAGCCUUCUGCGGGCGGCGGAAUUCACUCUGGUGUUUUUCUUGCCAGAUCUAGUUCCGUUUUUUGGAUUCAAGGUGGUGCCGGUGGAAGCCACUCGUUUCCUGCGCAAGACCAUCAACUAUGUGAUGUCGGAGAGGGAGAGAACUGGGCAGAAACGCAACGAUCUCAUCGACAUUCUCAUCGAGUUCCGGAAUAGCACGCAACAGGCGAAGGCAUCUGGGGUAAAGGAUCAGUUUUUGUUUGAGGGCGACAUCCUGGUUGCCCAGGCGGUACUCUUCUUCACUGCCGGCUUUGAGACCUCCUCCUCUACCAUGGCGUUCGCGAUGUACGAGUUGGCCAAGGAUGCAGAUGUACAGCAGCGUCUGAGGGAGGAGAUCAAAGAUGCCCUGGUCGAAAGUGGGGGUCAGGUGACACUGAACAUGAUCGAGUCACUGGAGUUCAUGCAGAUGAUUUUGCUGGAGGUGCUGCGCAUGUACCCGCCACUACCGUUUUUGGAUCGUGAGUGCACUUCUGGAAAGAAUUACUCGCUGGCUCCAUUCCACAAGUUCGUGGUGCCCAAGGGAAUGCCCGUUUACAUUCCCUGCUAUGCCCUGCACAUGGAUCCCCAGUACUUUCCCCAGCCCCGCAAAUUCCUGCCGGAAAGAUUCUCCCAAGAGAAUCGCAAGCUCCACACGCCCUACACCUACAUGCCCUUCGGCCUUGGUCCGCAUGGCUGCAUCGGCGAACGAUUUGCAUAUCUCCAGGCGAAGGUGGGUCUGGUGUACCUGCUGCGCAACCACUUGGUUACCACCUCCGAGCGCACUCCACAUCGCAUGCAACUCGAUCCCAAGGCGAUUAUUACCCAAGCCAAGGACGGCAUCCACCUUCGAUUGGUUCGCGAUCCUUUGGGCGUCUAACUCACCUGGAUAGCUUGGAUAUUUCGGAUACUUUGGAUAUUUUCGAUAUUUCUUUCUUGGGAGGGAACCUAUGAAGCCUACCACAACUGAAUGGAAACUAAGCAACAGAGUCGCGUGUUUCGGGUUUUAAAAUUGAGCUGGUGUCGCAUCUUAAAGGCAAUUUGAUUGGCGAAUUGCGUGUUCUAUCGCUGGAGAAAGGGAGUGCAAUACCUUCCCUAUAGAAUACAUUUGUAGAUCUAAGCCUAUCUGUAUAGACUAUAGACUUGACUCAUUAGGUUAUUGAUACAUUUUGGAGAGGCCUAUGCACUGAAUUCAUAAUCAAGAAGAUUACAUUUAUUUAUUGGUGAGGCACUUUAGCUUCUCAACACGCCGAUUAAAUGUAAUUUGAUAAUGA